AUGAUAAUAAUUACAAGUUAUCUGAUUUUGGUGCUUCUUAGUAAGUUAAUUUUAUUGAUCCUUUUUGUGGUUAUAAAAUGUAUACACCUGGCUUUAAACCAUCAAAAUAAAAAUAAAGUUUACCUUUUUAUCAUGAUAUCUAUUCUUUUGGCAAAACGAUCCAAAAGUUAUUAAUGUAAUUAGAAAAUCACUCAGAAAUUUCUAAAUGUUUAAAUAAAUUUAUAGAUGAAGAAAUUUGUAAAGAUGAUGAAAAUUCUAUUAAAGUAGAUUGCUUUCAGUAGCCAAAAAAAUUUAUAAAUAUUUUAAUGA